AUGGAACUCGUCCUCGGUGACAGCGUGACCUACAAGAGCGACGCCUUGCUGGUGAUCUCCUUGGCCAGCUGUGCGAACCGCUGGACAGUACGGGCGAAGAGAUCUGAACUGAGGAAGAAGCGUUCCUGGGUGGUCGUCGGCGACACGCACAAGGUCUCGGUUGCGUUCAAGAACAAGG